GCUGGCAUCUUCAGAGGCAGAGAAUUGGGUAGCCUUGGUGCAUUAGGUACAACUUCUGCGCUAUGGGAAAAAGAAACAAGAGGACAGCAGAUAGUUCGUCCUCUGAAGAUGAGGAGGAAUAUGUUGUGGAGAAGGUUCUAGACAGGCGUGUUGUGAAGGGUCAAGUGGAGUAUCUUCUCAAGUGGAAAGGAUUCUCUGAGGAGCAUAAUACCUGGGAACCUGAAAAGAACCUUGACUGCCCUGAACUGAUUGCUGAGUUUAUGAAAAAAUACAAAAAAAUGAAGGAAGGUGAAAACAAGCCCCGGGAGAAAUCAGAGGGCACCAAGCGAAAGUCUAGCCUCGCCAACAACACUGAAGAGAUCAAAGCCAAAAAGAAGAGAGAGAGCACCGAUAUUGCCAGGGGCUUUGAAAGAGGAUUGGAGCCAGAAAAAAUCAUCGGAGCCACAGACUCCUGUGGAGAUUUAAUGUUCCUAAUGAAAUGGAAAGACACGGAUGAGGCUGAUCUGGUUCUAGCAAAAGAAGCCAAUGUGAAGUGCCCUCAAAUUGUGAUAGCAUUUUAUGAAGAGAGACUGACCUGGCAUGCAUACCCAGAAGAUGCUGAAAACAAAGAGCGGGAAGCAGUGAAAAGCUAAAGUGGCUGGGGUUCUCUGUCCGUCCAUAAUUGUACAUAUCCACCCUCCCUUCCCCUUUGCCCAAAUGCAUCCAUGGAAAUGUGCUUAUUACUGUGCUCGACAGGAGAAACGUUGAUAUUGGUUGGUUUAGUCAUAACAUAAAUGGUGUGAGUCACGUUCAGUUUCCCUCCAAGAGAUUGACGUGCAGUGUGUGUUCUUCUGUCACCUCAUCUCAUAAUUAAUAACAAUAAUGGUUCUUGUUUUUAAAGCUCCUUCAGAGUUUCCAGGCCUUUUUUCCUGCCUGGCUGUUUAGUUCUGCAUCUCUUCUAUUUCAUCAUGUUGUUUGUAGAGAAUUGUUAACUGUCAUUGUUACUGACUUAAAAGUGGCAGGAGCUCCCUGAAUUCAGGACAGACCCAACUGACCUAGCACAGUCUUUGGAUUCUUAGGUCACCCAAAUCACAGUCAAGCCAGAUCUUGGGGGAUGGGGGCAGGGCUUUUUCUAGUUUAUUUCAGAAUUGCUAACAGGUUGCUUGAAUUGCAUUCAAAGAUGCUAGAUAGCCAUUUUCACCCUAAUUUUCUAACUGCAGGUCAGAACAGGUACCUUUUGGAGAACAAAUAGAAGUUAAUUAGUUGGCAAGGAUAGCAUUCCUCUUUUCAACCUGUCCUUUUAUACAAAGAGAUUUAGUCCUAUUCCUUUCCUUUCCUUUCCUUUCCUUUCCUUUCCUUUCCUUUCCUUUCCUUUCCUUUCUUUUCCUUUCCUU